AUGAAUGUCAAUGAAAGUGACUAUUAUACUCUUAAUAUCAACAGCAGUGUUAAUAUAUAUGGCUACAUAUACACAGAGAAUUUCGAUCCACUUAAUCCAUCUACAAAUUUAAUUCUGGCGAAUAAGAACAAUUUCGGUGAAUCUCAGUUCGAAUUCAGAGCUUUUCUUCGAUCCACCACUGCAAAUAUAUUGGUUGUGACAACAGCUAGUCCAAACGCAACAGGAAAAUUCUCAGUUACUGUGUCUGGCAACAAUAUUGUCACUUUUAAACGUCUAAUACGACCAUCACGAGCACCUGCUGUUGACAUUCAUCCGAACGCAAAAUGGGUACAAAAUCGUAUCAAUGUGGCUGGAGGAAACGGAGAAGGCGAAAACAGAAGUCAACUGGCUUAUCCGCACGGCUUAUAUGUCGACGAUGAUGAAACGGUUUAUGUCACAGAUUGGAAUAAUGGCCGUGUGAUGGAAUGGAAAUGGUAUGCAAUGAAUGGUCGAGUUGUAGCUGGUGGGAAUGAACGAGGAAAUGGAUCUCAUCAGCUGAGUCUUGCAAACGAUGUGAUUGUCGAUAAAGAGGAAGAUAAUCUCAUCAUCUGCGAUUCUUAUAAUAACAGAGUGGUUCGUUGGCUUCGUCAAAAUCUAACAAAUGGAGAAACAAUCAUGUCGAACAUCUCUUGUUGGGGCUUGACAAUGGAUGAGAGUGGAGUCCUCUAUGUCGUCGAUGUUAAAAAACAUGAAGUGAUACAAUAUUCAAGAGGAGAAUCUGAAGGAACAGUCGUUGCAGGUGGUAAUGGAAAUGGAACGCGUCUCGACCAACUGAAUCAUCCUAGCUACGUAUUUGUCGAUCAAAAUCAUUCAGUAUACGUGUCGGAUACGAAAAAUCAUCGUGUGAUGAAAUGGGAAGAAGGUGCAAAACAAGGUAUUGUCGUAGCCGGUGGUCAAGGACAAGGAAAUAAUCUUACACAAUUGUCAGAACCUCAAGGAAUUGUUGUCGAUCAAUUGGGCACUGUUUAUGUAGCUGAUUAUUAUAAUUCGCGCAUUAUGCGUUGGCCACAAAGCGCCAUACAAGGAAGCGUCAUUGCUGGUAGAAGCGAUGCAAAAGAAGAGUCAAAUCAAUUGUAUUGUUUCAUAGGUUUAUCAUUCGAUCCACGUGGUAAUCUCUAUGCCGCCGAUUCCUGUAAUCAUCGAGUACAAAAAUUUAAUAUCGAACAGACAAAAAAUUAA